GGGUAGACUAGUGUGAACCUGUAGCGGCGCCAACAAACUAAGUGGCACGUUUAUUUAAAACGAUUGUUCUUUUAUUAAAUUCAAGAAAUGAUUAUUCGUAGUUAAUUUAUAAAAGAAAUUCUCAGGCUAGCGUUCCGUCUCACCGUGGUUUCUGGACCCCUACUGGUUUCUCAGGGCUUUGGGACCUGGAGGAGACAUCAUUUUGGGAUUUUUGAGGAGGAGGCCGUGAGACCAAAGCCACAUGUGUGAAUGAGUUUGUGUGAACCUGUGCAGGUGAGAGCUCAGUGUGUGCGUGUGCGUGUGUGUGCGAGUGACGAUGGAGAACAAGCUGUCGGUGCGACGCUGCCUCACCUUUGUGACGGGCUUGGUGGAGUGUCUUUGUUUCGCCGGAGCUGUGUUUGGAUGGGCGUCCCUCGUUUUCGUCCUCAAGGAGGACGGUUACUUCAGCCAUGAGUGUGUCAACAGCACAGGAGUCAAUGGCACACAGGUUUUAGAUUGCAGCUUACAGGAUGAAAAAUUCUCCCUCGUUUUCACCAUCGCAUCCUUUAUGAAUAAUUUCCUGACGCUGCCUAAUGGUUUCAUCUUUGAUCGGUUCGGUACUACAGUCACCCGGCUGUAUGGGAUAUUUCUCUACACCAUCGGUACUUUGUUGGUGGCUUUCUCCUCAUCAGCUCUCGCCUCCCUGCUCUUCCCAGCUCUCUCCCUCCUGGCAGUGGGAGGAAUCUUAUUUCUGAUGACUAACAUGCAGGUUGGAAACCUGUUUGGCUCUCAUCGCUCCACCAUUAUUACUCUUUAUAAUGGGGCAUUUGAUUCUUCUUCAGCUCUCUUCCUCAUCAUCAAGCUGUUACACGAGUCGGGCAUCACUCUUCGUGCCGCCUUCCUCUUCCUCUCCUCCUGCAGCGUCAUUCACGUCCUCAGGACUUUUUUCCUGCUGCCCAGAAAGUUCAUCCCCUACCCGCUGCCUGAUCGCUACACGUAUGGGAUGAGCUGUGGUAAAUCUGAGGCUGUGAGUGCUGAAGGAGCAGCCAACGGCACCGUCUGCACGGCAGCAGAAGAAGCUCCGCUCAACAAAGAUGCUCCAAAAAAACAAGUCCGCUUCAUGAAAGUUUUUAUUUUAAAUAAUGAGUUUGUCUUGGUUUGCUGCUGUAAUUCUGAUCCGUUUGGCUUCCCCGCAUGUUUCCUCUCAGAGAAGAGUUUCCGUGAGUGUUUCCUGUCCAGGUUCUUCCUGUGGCACCUGCUCUGGCUGUCGGUGAUGCAGCUCAGACAUUACCUGUUCAUCGGGACGCUCAACCCCAUGCUGCAGAGGCUGACGGGUGGAGAGUCCUCUCUGGUGAGCAGGUACACCAAUGCCUUUGCCAUCACCCAGCUGUGUGGCGUGCUGUGUGCUCCCUGGAACGGCCUCAUCAUGGACCGACACAAGGGCAAACCCCGAGCUGCAGGAGAGAGCGAGCAGGAGGCCGACCUGCGGGCCUCGGUUCUCUCUCUCUUCCUGACGGCGCUGCAGUGUGUGUUGUUCUCUCUGUGCGCCUCCACUCCCUACCUGCCACUGCAGUACCUCACCUUCGUCCUGCAGGUGCUCAACCGCUCCUUCCUGUACGGAGGCAACGCCGCCUUCAUCAGUGUGGCGUUUCCAUCGUGCCACUUUGGGAAGCUGUACGGUCUGGUCAUGGCUCUGUCUGCGGUCUUCUCUCUGCUGCAGUAUCCCUGCUUUGCUCUGGUGAAGGGAGUUCUGGGUGGAGAUCCAUUAUACGUGAAUGUGGGCCUGACGAUCCUCAGCCUGCUAGCGUUCAUCCAUCCUCUCUCAGUCUACCUGCACUGUCGCACAGCAACCUCUCAGAGAGCCGGAAGAUAAAAAAAACAGCUUCACUUCAUCUCAGUCAAACCUUCUACACCCCAGUUUGUGCUCACCUGUCAGGUUUCUAACUAAAGCAGGGAUUUUAGAUGUAGUUCAGUCGGUAGGGGCUCAUUCUACAAAUAAAACGCAUUUAUUUUUCUACACUCAGUAUUAUUAUCCAGCUAACAGAACUGAAUAUCUGACAUUUUCAUCCAUCAGUGUCACGAAGGAAGGUACAAAUCAGAAACGGUGACUAGCUGCUGCUCUGACACACUCAGAAAUGUCAUCUUGUACUUUAUCUUCUGAAAGGGAAACAACAAUUAUACGUUAAUUAAUUACAUAAUUACAUUUUCUGUUGAUAUAAAUAACACCAAUAGUGUUAAAGCUGCAAUGAAACUAAUUUUAUAGCAGUAAGGCUUUAGGUAAAAUAAACAGCUGACAGAACCACAGAAGUAUGUAUUUUCAGGAGUAUUUUAGUCAAAUCUGUUUGUUUUUACAUAUCGAUGUAGCGUUAAAUCAAACCGUUACUGUUUACAGUUUUGUUUGUUUACUGGGACGUCUCCGCCUGGUUUAUGUUUUUACAGUUUGCUUUGUUUUCUAACAGCAGGGAUUCGAAACGUGAAGGUGAAUCAGAUUUUUUAGAUUCUGUCGUCAAACUGAAUGUUUUUAGUUGAGGGAUCACGACUGAAGGACUCGGUGAUUUCUAAGGGAUCAUGCAUGUGACGUCUCAGGAGUUUGGUGUGUUCUGGGAAACAACACAGGUAUUUUAUUAUCCUGUUACAAGCUUAAUUUAAGGAUUUCAAAACCUCAUUGUGCCUCAAAAAAGGAAUUGUAGCCACUGAUUUGAAAUAAA